UCCUCUGAAAAUUAUAUUGUGAAGACGUAUGAAAUCGAUGUUUUACAUUUAUAUCGAUAUUGUUCCCCCAUUUAUUAUUUCGGGAUCGAAAUAAGCGGAAUGAGAAACAUAAGGGACUUUCCCAAAAGUCGUUGCUGAGAUUGUGACCUAUUUCUAUUGCAUGCGCGUGAAAUCUGAUGGCUGCGUAUGUGCACCAAGAGUAAGAGGAGGAGGAUUUUUUAGAGUGAUUACAUGAUGCAUUCCAUGGUUUUAUUUACUGUUUCUUUUAUGGCUAUCAGUGCAUUGGAAGAAGACGCAAUGACAACUUAUUUUAGACUUUAUGAACUAGGAGCGCAGUUUUACCGAGAGAAGAAUUUUACCGUUGCAAACUCUCUCUUUGAAAAAGCUAUGGAAGAUUACCAUUUUUACCAUGAGAAUGUAAUUAACUGUCGUGUUGAAUGCCGGCGAAAAAACAGUUCUCUAGCAGAAAAACUUGCGAAUUCCGGAGAAGUUUUAGAUAUAUUAGAAAUCCAUAUUUAUGAAAGUUUUAUUUCUCAAUCUAAAUGCUUAAAAAGAUGUUUUAAAAGAGUUUUUGGGAAGAGACCAGAGCAUCUUAACAAUGCGGGCACUAGGAGGAUUGACAAAGACUUUGAAGUUGGACGGCAGUACCAGUUUAUUCAGUUUUGCCAAUAUGAGUUAAAGAAUUACCCAGGAGCAGCGUCAGCAGCAUAUACCUACUAUUUAAAACACCCACAUGACAAAGAUGCCCAGCAUAAUGUCCAGCUGUACAGGGAAAAUUUUGGGGUCAAGGAUGAGGAAAUUAUUGACCUUGACAGGAAACCAUAUCAGGCAUCUCACAUACUAGGCGACAUUGCUUAUGAUGAGGGCAAUUGGACUGGGGUCAUUGAGCAUUUUGAACGUGCUCUAACAGACUUCUACGAAGAGGAAGCAAGGUGCCGACUUCAGUGCGAGGACAAAUUGGUCAUUCCAUCUUCUGUACACCUCAGUGACUUCAUCCAUUAUUUUGCGGAGCUCUACUAUCCUAUCCUGCGAUGCCAGGUGGACUGUGAAGAUAAAUUAAGUCGAGUGUUUGCUGACCAUGAACAGGGAUAUCUGGAAGAACAUUAUAACUACCUACAAUAUGCCUACUAUCAAACUGGUGACCUUGAUCGUGCAGCGGAAGCCAUUGGUGCUUUCCUCUUAUUUAACUCCUCCCAUCCCGACAUGGUACGGAACCGCCUCUUCUUCAUCUCAAGGCUUGGUUACCAUGACUCCCACCUCCGUGCUAGAAAGGAAGCUGUGGAGUAUGUUGAGAUGAGGAACCGGCUGGAGUCUCUGUUAGACUAUGCGGAGGAAUCAGACGAAUCCCGAGAUCCAGAAGGAGAUGAUAGGGAAUCGGGCCAUUACAUGCGAGAGUUUGAGAAAAUUGGAAUAAGACUGAUCCAGACCCCCAACGAACUGCAGGGGGCAAGGUUUACAGCCAAAGGGGUGGUGAGAGGAGAACAGAGUGAGGAGUUAUUGAACAUGGCUAGGUCCACACCAGCAGAUUCCUCAGGAAUAAAGAUCAUCUCUAUUCCGAAUGCCAUAGAGGCUGUGAAGGCAGACCCAGACUUGGAAAUCUCACUACGAUUGUUCCUAAAAUUAAGCGAGGCCAUGCGGUUGUACACCUCAAGGUUCUACAACCAGACUAGUUUUUACACCAAGGAAACAAAAAUAGUGUGCAGAGAACCUCCAGAUUCUGAUCUAGAGAAGGAAGCCAACACCGAGAUCUCUUGUUUCCCUCAGGAGGAUGGUAGCUGUGUGGAUCCAGAGGAGAAGGCUCCUGUAGGAAUGGAAGUCAAUGAAUACACCGGUGUGAUGUUCAUUAACAAUGUGAUGGAAGGAGGAGAAACUGUGUUUCUAAACAGGAUAUACAAACCAGUGGCUCAAGUGUCCCCCAAACGGGGACUUUUUACAGUAUUUGAGGCUUCAGACAGACACACAGUUUCACCCUCAGCAUCCCAGCGAUGUGUUAUAUUAAUGACCUUUGCCCCUGAAAAAGUCAAGGACAACCCAGAAUACCGGCAAGCCAUGGCCUUUCUAAAUGAACUAGAUGAAGAGAGGGUGAAGAAACUUCACAUAGAUAAUGUUAAGAGAGUGGAAGAACUCGAAAAAGAAGGUGUGACUAUUGUUCAGAGUGGGAAGGAACUCCAGGGGGAUGAACGAUUUGUGGCUGAUGGUCUUAUGAACAAGGGAGAUUGUCAAAACUUGGUAUCACUGUUGGAGGCUGGUGGUAUAGAAGGGGACGGUUACCAAGGGAAGAGUUCACCCUUAUCACAACAUGAGGUCUUUACUGGCCUGACCUCUGAGAAAGCCAAUCAGAGCGCUGGAAUAGCGGGUGACGGAUACAAAGGCAAACCAGAAAUUGUGGUCAGCAAAAUAUCGCCUCACACUAAACACGAAAUAUUUGAGGGCUUGACAGUCGGUAGGGCGACCCAGCUAGCACACUCGGGAGAGUUACCCAAGGAUACAGUACAGUUAUAUCUGGACGUGAGCGAGCGGGCCCGUUUACUCGUGGAAAACUUUUUCAACCUAACUCGCCCCCUUUAUUUCGACUUUACUCAUUUAGUUUGUCGAAAAGCCAUCACAGAUGACAAGGGUGAUGAAGAAGAGCGGUCCGACCUUAGUCAUCCAGUUCAUGCUGACAACUGCCUGCUUCAGGCGGAUGGAACCUGUUUACGCCAGUUUCCAGCGUAUAUUGCCCGAGACUACAGCGCUGUUUUGUAUCUGAAUGGAAAUGAAGAUUUUGAGGGAGGGGAAUUCUUUUUCGCUCACGGCAACAAAACAGAGCAGGCAAGUGUGUCUCCGAAAUGUGGACGAAUGGUUGGGUUUAACGCUGGAGAUUUUCACGGCGUGAGGGCUGUCCGUAAAGGCCGGCGAUGUGCGGUUGCCAUGUGGUACACAAUGGACCCAAACACACAGGAACUAGCACGUGUCCAGGCCCAGAAAAAGAUGGCUCUCGGAAGUGCUGUUCAAGACCGUACGCGAGAAAGGGGAGGUGCGAAAGCAGGAAAAGAUGAAGAGAAGGGUGAAGAAAAUGGAGCUCAUCAUGAAAACAGCGAUGUUGAUGAUGACAAGAUCCACAAACACAAAGAUCAUUUGGACCAGUCUGAAAACACAGAAAUUAGUGAAGAAACACAAAAACAAACUGACAGAGUAACCAUGGAAAAUGAGGAACACGAGGAAUUAUGAAAUUAAAUACCCCAAAAAAAAAUACAAUGUUCUCAAAUUUUAUUAAUUUUUUCACCAAUUCUUAGCUCACUUGAGAUUUUUUUAUCAAUUUUUUUCCGGCGUCCGUCUGUCCGUCCGUAAACUUUCAACAUUUUCGACUUCUCCAGAACUGAUGGGCCAUUUUCAAUAUACUUCCCAUAAAGCAACUUUGGAUGACGGUAAAUUUUGUUCAGAGGAAAAGUCACACCCUUUUAAUGGGGGGUGAAAAUUUGAUACCUUUUCAAGAACCACUGGAUCAGGACAGACAAAAC